AUGUUUGAUCACUUUACCCAAAACCCUCCUGUGGCUGCUGAACCUCCACCUCCGCGGAAAGUCCUAAGGUUUGAUAAGGGCUACUGGAAGACAAUGCCGGGUAUCUUAAAAAUUGUGGAAGUGGUCUCAAAUAUGGUUGGCUUUAUAUGUAUAAAGAUUUCUUUUGCGUGGUUGUCAGCAAUCUUCUACAAUAUUUUAUACUGGGUCGGGAAUAUCAUAACGGUUUUCCUAUUCCUAAUGUAUACAUUUCACUUUGUGGAAAAAUACGACCGAUGGCCGUGGCAUAAGUUUGAGUUCUUCUUCUGUUCGGCAAUGUCCUUGGCUUAUAUUGGAACAUCUAUAUUUGCAACAACAUUAGGAGAAAGUGCAGGAUACGCUGUUGGAUUUUUCGGCUUAUGUGCCAUCAUAGCAUAUGGUUUGGAUGCAUAUUUAAAAUAUAAGGGAUGGAGGAGAGGGCUGCCAGCUCAAUGAUACCUUAUAAACUACAUCUAAAAGGUUUUUUUUAUAGAAUUUUACAUAUUUUGACUUUUUAAUCAUAUUGUAAGGUAAUGCGUAUCAAAUACACAUUAUUCAUAUUUUAAACAUAGAAUAAGAUAAAGUGGCCUUAUCUUAUGAUGAACAGAUGUACAAGAAACAUACUGAAUAUUUUUUAUAAAUAUAUUCAAGUUAUCUUAACUGUUAUAUAACUUCCAAGUAUACUUACUGAUAUAGUAAAAGUAAAGCACAUUUAAAUUUAAUUUUGAGCCAAAUUAAAGUUAAGCAUAAUUCUUUUUUUUUUUUUUUCUUAAAUGGUUUUGGUUUUGAUCAUCAGAAUAAAACAGACAGAGGUAGAUGUAUUAAUUUUGUAAAACUUUAUUGCACAAUUAUGUAACUUGCGUUUAGCUAAAGGUAGACUUAACCUUCUGCAACUGAGGUGGUAGUCCAUCGGACACCGCUGACUAAACAAAAUGUCACCGUUCCUAAAUAUAGCAUCAUAUAGUCCCGUCACAUUUUGAUUGCUGACUAAAAUUAACAUCAAACUCAACUCAGCUGCAGAAAGUUGAAACUUCUUCACCAGUCAACCUGUAGGUUUGCAAAGAAUAUAUGUUAAUUUGUUAUUAA